AUGGCCAUGUUCUUUCUUGCCCGAACUGAAAGCUUCAACCAUUACGUCGAUACCUGGUGGGAUGACCAACAAGCUCUUCUGAUAUGCCCUUUUUCGCUGGCCGCUACCGAAUACGGCUUCGAGUGCUACUGUGGCGAUGUGCUGGUGGACUCUUGGUUGAGGGGUGGUGAUUCGGACUGCAACAAGCCGCGCCCUGCUGUUGCGACAGGCAAUCGCGAUUGCGAAUGGGCAAUGAGUCUCUGGAACGCCGACGAUGGCAAAGUUCCCAGGGUUUUCGGUCCUCAAGAGCAUUUCGUGCCUCCCACCCUUGCUCCUGGUGAAAUUGACGUCCUUGCCUACGUGGGUGGCCUGCGACAGACUGCUGUAUUGGUUGCAACUCCGGUAUAUGAGUGGCCGGCUGGGAGUCAUACACUCUCGUCGUCGUCUUCAUAUGCUUCAAAUAUCGACAUGACAGCUCUUGCAGCCAGCGUCUACGCCAUUGUAUCAGCUGCCAUGAAGCAGGCACAAGGGCUUGUGGUAUCGGAAGUUUGCAGAAAAGUCUAUGGGGACCUUAUAGAAAAGGUCGCCAAAGCAGCUAUUGAUAGCACUACUACUACCACAUUCAGCACGACGACGCUCAUGACUACUGUUAUAUGUACCGAGUCUACUAGUUCAUUAGUGACGAGCAAUUCACCGAUAUCGUUGAUAACCUCCCAUCUGUAGCGUCUCAUCAGGCGGAGGUGACAGGCACUAUCUCUAAUGAUUCACACUACUGAUGGCCUCCAUGCCAUCCCUGUCUGAUUUGGACUCGAAUAGCUUUGGGUCAGACCCGACUGUUCCAAGUCCCUCUACGGUUCCUGGGAGCGUCAGCGUUGCGGCCUCUCAGUUACCCUCGACAUCUCCGGAUUUGAGCAUAGUCUCAAACGAAACGACUGAGUCAACGUUCCCUGAUGCUUUCAGUCAGGUCAUCGUCAUCACAGUGAUGACAACAGCCCUACCAGUUAUAGCUAAUAUGGCGGCGUCCCAGCAGACUCAACCACCAUACCUAGCUUGCCUCUGGGCUGUCACACCCUUUCUCGGCGUCAGUACUUGGGAACAGGCACCGCAGGGGGCACAUACAUAUGUGGCUACUGGUGGACAACGGAGGGAACGGUGGUCUUUUGUGGCAUGAAGAGGUUAACUUUGAACGAAGGAUGUUUCUGGGAAGGCGAUAUGACAUUUAUUACGUUUUAUCUUUGUGUUUAGAUGAAAUUCUAUCGCACCAGGGCCGCUGCAUAGUUAGGUGGGGAGGAAGAAGCCAACAUCAUGAGGGUACACUUUAACUCUUGUGGGCAAAUCAGACGGAAUAUUUUCGGGCUAUUGGUGCAAAGAUGAUAUGUGAUUCAGCCUUCUCUUUGCGACUGAAACGGCAACGAUGUCCCAACACAUUGACAGGACGCUUCCAUAUCGAUUGGAUGUCUCGGUACCCAGCUAGAACACAGGCUACGGAGGAUAGUCAUCAUGAACAUGCCUUUAAAGACAGCCAUAGGCCCC